GGACUCCUUUUAAGGAAAGCUUCAAUAGUUAUAUAUGAAUAGGACUCCUUUUAAGGAAAACACAGUCGGUUCUUUGCUUCCUUCUUCAGAACAACCGUUAUACUAAUUACCCAUUACUCCACAACCACGAUUUAGGGUUUUUCUCUCUCACACCAGGUCUCUCUCUCUAUAGAUAUCUAUUUCUGUUUAUAUAUAUAAUAUCGUGAUUUGUUUCUGAUUGGUACUGGGUCAGAUUGGGUUUUUGUUGUUGGGUGCAUAUUUUGAUUUUGUGUUGUUUGGAUUGAUGGAAAAAUCGGAUCUCGCUGAGAAUUGUUGGGAGGAGUUGAGGAAGAAAAUGGGUUUGGAAAAGGGAUGUGGGUUGAAUGUGAAGCGUGAUAAUGAAGGAUUAGGGUUAGGGUUUGUUCGGUACACGAGGUCGAUGAGUGGGAAGAGGAUUGCUUUAUCGAGCAAUAUGGAGGUUGAUUCCACGGUGACAACACCCAGAAUGAAGAAACCACGCAGUGAGAAAAUGUUGAGUUUUGACAAGUCUCUGCUUGAAGCCCUGCCUCAGGACAUUCUGAUUAGGAUAUUGUGCAAUGUUGAUCAUGAUGAUCUCAAGCAGCUUUUCCAUGUAUCAAAACCAAUCAGAGAAGCAACUUUAAUUGCGAAACAAUGGCAUUUUGCAUAUACCACGCCCACAACAAAUUUAGCUUUUCCGAAUUCUAUUGCUUUGGGAGAUGCUGGAGACAUUGAAGAGGUUGAGGCAACGAAUGCUCUUGAACGGUUUCGAAAUCAACGGUCACGAUUGAACAGGAAGAAGUUGACCGACAUCUCAGUGGCUUUGUUUGCUUCAUCGGACGAAGAUCAGUGGCCAAGGAAAGAUUUAUUGAUGGAAAUGGAAGCAGAAAUAUGAGAUUUUUGAGUUAUUGAUUGAUGAGAAGUGUAGUCAUUGUUGGUACUAAUAGUAGUAAA